GGUUUGUACAGAGUGUGUUGGGGUUGUAGGUCAACAAUGACAUCCAAUAAAAAUUAUAAGUCUGAGAAAAAUGAUGUUAAGAACAUCAAUCAAGAUGUUUCAACUGUUGCAAAGGAGGCCUGCUGAGGUGCCUUCUGAUUGUAGGGAGAUGGAUACUGAGAAUGGUAGUCCCCUUGCUUACAGAUAAGGGGGUUGCUUUAAAAUCGUCUGGAGAGAGUCCUGUUGAUUCCAUGAACAAGUUCAAAGCUUCAGAAUCUUUUUCUGAUGCUGCUGCUACAAAUGUCAAAUCAGCAUGUACGGCGUUAGGAGAAGAUAACAUGGAAUACAAUGAUGCAACUGAUAAUGCAGCUCUGCCUCCACUAGAUGGUGGUGGUGGUGAUGCAGUUAUUGAUCAGCAAGAAGUUCAGGCGUCGCCUUUACCUGGUGAUAGCUUUUUAGCCUCCAAAAAGGAGGAAGAGAGUUCAGCUACAAUGUCCACGGAAGCUGUUUUGUUGAAGGCAUCUUCUACUGAGACAACUGUGGUCGAUCUUGUUUCUGAAUCUAAAAAGGACGAAUCAUGUGACACUGAUGAACAUCAAUUACGUGACAAGGUUGUUCAAUCUCCCUCAUUGGUGCAUAUAUGUAGUAUAGGAAAUCAGACAGAGCCCGAAAUGCAGGUCAACAAAGUUAGCCAGGAAAACACCCUGGAGGUUGAUUUAUGUCCUGCUGGUGGUUCAACACAAAGACAAGCUGUUGGUGCUGAUGGACAACUUAAGAAUAGGGAAGUAACUGUUAAAGAAAAUGAUGAAAAGACCCUUCCAAAAGUUCCAGGUGAUCAUUUUUAA